UAUCUAGGCUCUCUGGCAUUCUCUGCUUCUCUUGUGGUUCUUCUCGUUCACUCUUCUUCUCUCAGCUUCUCUGCUCCUGCUGGCGUCCCCGUGACGCCGCCCUUAAAAGCCCAGGUGUACCCACUUCAGGCGCCCGCCAUCAGGCAUGCAUUCAGGACCACAGGGUUCCCUCAUCUAUCCUAAUGGCGGGAGGGCAGAAAAACCUGAUACUUUUACCUUACCUACAGACUCCCACACCCCCAAAUAAGAAGCAGCAUACAUGACCUAGAACCUGUGAAUGUGAUUUUAUUUGGACAAGGGUUUUUUUUUUUUUAUAUGUAAUUAAGUUAAGGAGCUGGAGAGCAGCCUGGAUCACACAGGUGAUCCCUAUAGCCCAUUAACAAGCGUCCUUAUAAAAGAAAGAAGAUGCCCAGAGGAGGAAGCAAGGUGAAGACCACGGAGGUGAAGCCUAGCACGACUGAUGCAGCCACAGGUCGUGACUGCUAGCAAUGACCAAAGAUAGAAAAAGCCCUCAAGCCUCCUGGGCGAGAAUGACCCUGCUGGCACCUGCUUUCAGACUUCUGACCUUCAGAACCGGAGGGAGACUGCUUCUUGACUGUGUUUUGAAAUGGGAGGUAGAAUGGAUUACCUUUAAUUCAUGCCUGAAAAUGUAUUCUUUGGAAAACUGAAGAGGAACUGCUUUCCUAAAACACACCUGGAUCUUUUCGUUAAUAUUGUUCUGUGACCCCCCCCCACCACCAUUAACCUCCAGAGUGAUUAGCCCACCCCUCUUGUAUGCCCAUGGAAGGAGCUGAACAUAUUUAAUAUUAGGAGCACAUCCAGAAGCCUUUGAGGAGGGGAAUGGCUCUUCAUAUUCAUGAAGCUUACAUACUUCUGUUGGUCAUCCCUGGAUUAGUCACCUCUGCUGCCAUCAGUCAUGAAGACUAUCCUGCUGAUGACAGUGACCAGACCUCUAGUAAUGAUAAUCUGAUCUUUGAUGACUAUCGAGGGAAAGGGUGUGUGGAUGACAGUGGCUUUGUAUACAAGUUGGGAGAACGAUUUUUCCCAGGGCAUUCCAACUGUCCAUGUGUCUGUGCUCUGGAUGGACCUGUUUGUGACCAGCCAGAAUGCCCUAAAAUUCACCCAAAGUGUACUAAAGUAGAACACAAUGGAUGCUGUCCUGAGUGCAAAGAAGUGAAAAACUUUUGUGAAUAUCAUGGAAAAAAUUACAAAAUCUUGGAGGAAUUUAAGCCCUCUCCAUGUGAAUGGUGUCGCUGUGAGCCCAGCAAUGAAGUUCACUGUGUUGUAGCAGACUGCGCAGUUCCUGAGUGUGUCAACCCAGUCUAUGAACCAGAGCAAUGUUGUCCUGUCUGCAAAAAUGGUGGAAUAAAGAAAGUUCUGGAAGAAUACACAGCAAAUUUUUAACAGUGAUCCAGUGAUCAGAAGAGUAAUUAAAGAGUAGAAGUAAGAAGGUAGUAGCAGUGGCCCUUGGCUUUUCACUUCAUGGAUCUUUUUACUGACCUCUUUAUUU